CCAACACAACACAUACACCUGACAGCUAUUUUGUGUGUGGUGUUUGUGCGCAGGAAAGGGAAAGAAAUUCGACACCAACUAAACAAUUGACAAACUACCGCUGCUAGAUCACAAGUGUUUUGUUUUCCCCAAGAAAACGAGAAGAUUUAGUUUUUAUUUUUUUUUUUUGUUUUUUUUUGUUAUUCCUCAGUGUGCGUGUGUGGUGUGUUAACGAUUGUGUUUCGUCAUUCCUCCGACGUACUAGUUCUCACCUGUGAAAUCUAUUGCUCAUAUUUGUGAGUGUGUGUUACGUUUUGUUUUCUAAAAGGUAAAAAGUGUGCGGAUGCGCGGAGGAGUCGGACCAGCCCGACCGAUGCUGCAGUCCGAGCGACAACGGACUGCAAAUCAUGUGGACCAGUGCGACCGGUUGGACCAUAACGAAAUGUCGUCUUUAACGUGCCGAUCAUCAUCUUGGUGUUUCGUCUUUGUGAUAUACGGAAUAUGUGCCGGCUUGUUGCUUUUGUCGACUUCCACCGUCGCCACUGCUGCCGAAGUAGACGGCGAUAGACUAGAUCAAAGAGCCACUACAUCGUCAACGCAAUUGUCCAUCACGGCCCAAACAUUAUCCAGGCGUGUGGUAACCAAUAAUGCAACGAUUGGUGCAUGUCGGCCUGGUCAGUUUCGCUGUCAUAAUGGUCGUUGCAUCCCGGAACGUUGGGUCUGCAAUCAUCACCAAGAUUGUCCUGCCGCUGAGGACGAACCUGCACGUUGUCCUCCACCAGAUUGUCCUACCGGGUCUUUUACGUGUGGCCGCUACGUCUUCAACCAGACGUACUGCCUACCCUCUUACCAACGGUGCGAUAAGGUGGUGGACUGCGUCGACGGCACCGACGAAGCGGAUUGCGGUUACCGCCAUUGCCAGAGCAAAGAUUUCAAAUGUUCCAGCGGAAUUUGCCUUCCCUCUGAAAAGAAAUGCGAUGGAUUCAUCGACUGCCGAGAUGGCGCUGACGAGAUAGGCUGCAAUUUUGCUACCAACGUAACGUCCUGUAACUUGGACAAGUUCCGAUGCGCCAACGGGCAGGGCUGUUUGGAAACGAGCCGUAAAUGCGACCACCGCUCCGACUGCGCCGAUGGCUCCGACGAAGUUGAUUGCAAUUUCCCGGCGUGUCACAGCGGUCAGUUCCGGUGUGACAAUGGACUUUGUUUUCCAAACCGGUGGCGUUGCGAUGGUUUUGCCGACUGCGCUGACAAUUCCGAUGAAGCCAAUUGCACUCUCAUCGGAUGCCCGGAUAACAAGUUCCUUUGCCCUCAAGGAUCUCCCACUGGCGGACCGAAAUGCGUUGAGCGCACGAAACUGUGCGAUGGCCAUCGUGAUUGUUCCGACUUUGCCGACGAAAAAGUUGAAUGCUCCAACCAUCUUUGUUCCAGCAUUGGCUGUGCCCAUCAAUGCCGGCCAUCGCCUGAAGGCGGCGUCUGCAUCUGCGCCGAGGGCCAAGUCCUUUCCAGUUCGGAUAAUCGGACAUGCUCUGAUCGCGACGAAUGUAAGGAAUGGGGUUUCUGUGACCAAAUGUGCACCAACGUGGAUCGCAGUUUCAAAUGCUCAUGUCAAGAUGGUUAUGAACUGAUUGAUGGCAACCAAUGCUCGGCAUCCAAUGCCAGCCAAUUCCGGCUUUACUUUGCCCAUCAUCAACGGGUCGUCAAGAUCGACGCCACUGGCCAAUCCAUCGAGAUGGUGUCGAAUUCGACUUCCGCCGGAGGAUUGGAUUAUCAUUUUAGACGCGGAAUGCUUCUGUGGUCCGAUUUGGAAACGCGGAAAAUCUAUUCGUUACCGCUGGAUAACAAUUUGUCAGUGGACAAACUUUCUUCGGCAACAGGUGGGAGCGGUGGCCGAGAAAGUCGAUCCAGUUCCAGUUCGGAUAUUUCCGUACCCACAGCCUGGCUCCCGACAGCUAUCGCCAUCGAUUGGAUUGGCGACAAACUCUUUGUGGCUGACGCACUUGGUCAGAAGAUUGACGUCUUCGAGUUGGAUGGCCGUUGGCACGCGAUCGUCAUCAGCAACAACAUGUCGGAGCCGACGGAUUUAGCGCUGGACCCCACCCAGGGUGUCAUGUUCGUCUCGGAGAACAGCAGAAUCUUCCGGGCCAAUAUGGACGGAUCGAAAAUGAAGGAUCUUGUGACGGAUGCUAUUUACAAAGCGUCCGGAUUGGCCGUUGAUUUGCCCACCAAGCGCAUUUUUUGGUGCGAUUCGCUGCUCGACUACAUCGAAACUGUCGAUUACGAAGGCCGCAAUCGGUUCCUUGUAGUCCGCGGGGCAGCCAACGUUCCAGCAGCUUCACGGCUGGCCGUUUUUGAACGCAGUGUCUUUUGGACGGACGGCACCAAACAGGGCGUUUUAUCUGUUAACAAAUUUAAAGGAGAAUCGACCAUCCAAAAUAUCUACCGGAUGAGAAACGUGACUAGAGAACCUAAAGCUAUCCGGGCGGUCCACCGGUUACUGCAGCCGCAACUGGCUAAUCCUUGCGGAACGAACAAUGGAGGUUGCCAACACAUGUGCAUCGUUUCGCAGCGGGCCGACGGCCAAGGUCUUGGCUUCCGAUGCGCCUGCAAUAUUGGUUAUCGGCUGGCCGAUGACAGGAUGUGGUGUACACCCGUCGAAGACUUCCUAAUGUACUCGCAACAGAAAUUCAUCAAGGGACGAGUUAUCAUGCCCGUCUCGGAAGGCUUUGAUGAUGCCAUUUCGCCCAUCGUUUCACGGACGGCCCGUUUCGUCGGUCUCGAUUUCGAUUCGUACGACGACCACAUUUACUACUCUGAUGUCAUUCUAGACGUUAUCUAUCGCAUCCGGCGUAAUGGAACCGGUCGUGAAAACGUGCUGGCCUCGCAAAAUGAAGGCGUUGAAGGUUUGGCGCUUGACUGGGCAUCCAAGAACCUUUACUACAUCGAUAGCCGUAAAGGGACGUUGAAUGUACUCAACACCCGCAACUCAACGUAUCGACGCACUUUGCUUCGCGAUUUGAAACGACCCAGAGCCAUUGUGGUGCAUCCAAACAAGGGUUUCAUUUUCUAUUCCGAAUGGGACAGACCGGCCAACAUUAGCCGAGCUUAUCUGGACGGAACGCACUUGUUUGUCUUCCGCAAUAUCCUGCUCGGAUGGCCAAACGGUUUGGCUAUCGAUUUUGAAACGGACAGACUCUAUUGGUGCGAUGCCCUACUGGAUCACAUUCAACAUUCCAAACUGGACGGAACGGACGUCAGGACAAUAAGUUCUCGUCUUGUCCGUCAUCCAUUUUCUCUCGUCGUUUUCCAGGAUAUUAUUUACAUUACUGACUGGCGAUUGGACGGAAUCGUUCGGAUGAAUAAAACAUCCGGUGAAAGCGAGAAAGUCAUCAUUCAAGUCCAGGAGAAUAAUCGCCUUUAUGGCAUCAAAGUGUAUUCCAAACAAACUCAGAACAUUAUUGCCGGCCAUCCUUGCGCAACGAACAAUGGCGGAUGCGAGAAACUUUGUUUCCCUAUCCCUUCGAAUUUGACUGCUUCCGGAUUGACGCCGGAAUGCGGAUGUCCUUACGGAGAAAAACUCUCGCCAGACAGGAAGACUUGCAUUCUCGAUCCAGGCUCCGAACCACCUGUCCAGGCUUGCCCCAACAUCUGGGAUUUCACUUGCGACAACCAGCGCUGCAUCCCAAAGACGUGGGUGUGCGACGGUGAGGACGACUGUUUGGACAAUUCGGAUGAGAACCAAAACUGCACGAAACCGACGUGCUCCGCCGACGAGUUCCAGUGCACCUCGGGUCGUUGCAUUCCCAAUUCGUUCCGCUGCGACUCAGACAAUGACUGCGGCGAUUCGUCGGACGAAACGGGAUGCGUCAACGUCACGUGCGACGCCUUCCAAUUCACUUGCGAUAACGGUCGAUGUAUCCCGCCCACCUGGAAAUGCGAUUCCGAAAACGAUUGUGGCGAUGGCAGUGACGAAGGAGAUUCCUGCGCCGAAAGGACGUGCGCUUAUUUCCAGUUCACUUGCCCGCGUUCCGGCCAUUGCAUCCCGCAGUCGUGGGUCUGCGACGGCGACAAUGACUGCUUUGACAAUAAAGACGAAGAAGGCUGCCCGCCCAUCACGUGUUCUGCCCAGCAGUUGAAAUGCGGCAACGGCAAGCAGUGCGUCCACGAAUCGUACAAAUGCGACGGCAUUCCGGAUUGUGACGAUGGAAGCGACGAAGUCGGCUGCCCGUCUCUCGCACCCGACCAGUGUAACGAGGAGAAGCAGUUCAAUUGCGCCCGCUCGGGUGUCUGCAUCCCUCGGGCGUGGCAUUGCGACGGCACUAAAGAUUGUGAAGACGGAUCUGACGAGCCAGACACCUGCGGCGAGGUCAAUUGCGGCAAAGAUUAUUUCAAGUGCAACAAUUCCCGUUGCGUCAUCAACACGAUGGUUUGCAACGGGCAAGACGACUGCGGUGAUGGAUCGGAUGAAGAUGAUCGACACGCCUGCACCCGGCCUCCUUUCCAAUGUCCGGCUGGCCAGUGGCAAUGCCCCAGAGUUACGGAUCGCUGUAUCAACAUGACGCAGGUUUGUGAUGGAAAGAGGGAUUGCCCCAGUGGUUCUGACGAAGGGCCUGGAUGCGACUUGAAAGACUGCGAAGAUCACGGCGCUUCGUGCUCCAACGGUUGCAAGCAAACACCCACAGGCCCGUUAUGUCUCUGUCCCGCCGGUGAAGUUCUUCUGGCCAACGAUACCAAAGCCUGUGUCGAUCUGGAUGAGUGCCAAUUCCCCGGCUCUUGUUCGCAAUCGUGCAAAAAUAUCAAGGCCAGCUUCAUCUGUUCCUGCACUGAAGGUUACCUGUUGGAAGAAGACAAGCGCGCGUGCAAGGCCAUCAAUUCCAGCAGCGCGUUUUUGCUCAUUUCAAACCGUCGCUCUUUGCUCGUCUCCGAUCUCAAGGAGAAAUCGAUCGAAGUCGUCCCCGUCGAAGUGGAGAACGUGGUAGCGUUGGCCUCCGACACCCACUCCAACGUCCUCUACUGGUACGAUAUGAAAACGAAAAAGAUCUUCCGCAAAGAAUUGUCUGGAACGCCCAUGCCCAUCAUCAGUAGCGGUGCCGAUCUGAUUGAAGGCCUGGCGCUGGAUUGGAUCGCUCAGAAUCUCUACUGGGUCGAUUCGAGACUCAACACGAUCGAAGUCUCCCGUGAAAACGGUUCCAAUCGGAUGGUCCUCCUUUCCAAAGAUAUCGAUCAACCACGUGGUAUUGCACUGGAUCCAAGUCCGGAUGCUAGGGUCCUCUUCUGGACCGAUUGGGGAGACCAUCCUCGCAUCGAGCGAGUUAAUAUGGACGGCACGAACCGUACGAGCAUUUUAACGAGUAAAAUCUUCUGGCCAAAUGGAUUGACGCUCGACCUACCCACCAAAAGGGUUUACUUUGCGGAUUCCAAGGUGGAUUACAUCGAUUACUGCAACUAUGACGGUACUGGAAGGCGUCAAGUGUUGUCCGGCAGUCACUAUCUGCUGCAUCCUCAUUCGUUGGCCGUUUUCGAAGAUACCGUUUACUGGACGGACCGCCAACUCAAUCGCGUAUUGGCCGCCAACAAGUUUACUGGACAAAAUCAAACGGUCUUUUCUCAUUUGGUUUCUCAACCAUUGAGCGUUUUGCUCCAUCAUCCGGCCUUGCAGCCGCUUCAUCCCAAUCCGUGCGCCAACGCCACCUGUGGGCAUCUUUGCUUACUAUCUCCCAUUUCGCCGACUGGCUACACUUGUCGUUGCAGGCCCGGAUAUCGUCUGAAUCCUGUCGGCUCUUCUGGCCAAUGUAUCGAAGAAGAAUCGCCUUACUUGAUAUUGAUGAAGGGCUCUCAGAUCAUCGAUCUGAGUUUGACUCCCAACAGCGACAGCGAUAGCCGAGGAGGACGCCUGACUCCAGUGGUGGAGGUAGGCGCUGGCCGAGAGCUGGAUUUCGACCGUAAAGGCGAAGCCCUUUACUGGAUUGAGGUGCUCGAAGGUGACGAAGAGAACGGAACACUCUACAAGAUGAGUUUGGGAGGUGGAAACAAGACGUCCUUCCUCAACGACUUGGACACUGGCAUCGUUGGAGCGCCGUUCACUUUAGCCUUUGACUGGGUUGGCCGGAAUCUCUACCUGGGCAACAAAAAAGCCUCUAAUAUCGAAGCCAUUCGAGUCGAUGGCAAAACUAAACAUCGUACGGUCAUCUUGUCCAACGACGGGACGGACAUCUCUGUAGCAAAGCCUCGGGCUAUUGCUCUUGAUCCUUACGAAGGCAAACUCUACUGGCUGGAUGAAGGCGGUUACGGUAUCCCACGUAAAAUAUCUAAGGCUAAUAUGGACGGAACGGAGGUCCGCAAUUUGUUCACAGACAUUGGCCAGCCGCUUUCUUUGACCAUCGAUCUGGCCAACAAGCAACUCUACUGGAGUACCAUCAACGAAGCCGAGAUCGAAGCUUCGGAUGUCGAGGGUAACAACCGAAGGAAAAUUAUAUCCAGCGGAAUCAACAGACCGGUUUCGUUGGCCGUCUUUGAGUCGCGGAUGUAUUACCUGGACACGGUGUACGAAGAGGUGGCGCGCGUCGACUUGCCCAAUGGCGACAACAAGCAGAUCUUGAAGAACAAUCAACCGGAUCUAAAGACCUUCCGGCUGUAUCACAAACGCUCGACUCCGGAUAACCAUCCAUGCGCUAUCAACAACGGAGGGUGUGAGCAUUUGUGCAUUCCAUCGGCAUCCAACAGUCGCGUUUGUCGCUGCUCGCUCGGCUCCCGGAAGGACGGCGAAACGCGCUGCGUUCCGUACAAGUCGUUCGCCAUCGUCUCUCAGUUGACUCUGACCCGCGGAUUUUCGCUGGAAGAUUCGGCUGCGGAAGGAAUGAUCCCAAUCACUGGACUCGGGCACAACAUCCUUCACAUCGAUGUCCAUUGCGCCGACAACUGGAUUUACUGGGUGGAAUUCAACAAGGAUAAACUCAACGGAAUAUUCCGCAUCCGCCCCAACGGCUCGGAAUUGACGCACGUUGUUAGCUCCGGAAUCGGUUCCAACGGCAUCCGCGGCCUGGCCGUCGAUUGGUUGGCUGGCAAUUUGUAUUUCACGAAUGUUUUCCCGCACGAGACCUACAUCGAAGUCGCCCGGCUGGACGGCAGUAAGCGGAUGGAAUUAUUGCGCAGCACCAAAGAAUCACCAAGAGAGCUGGCAGUAAACCCCAUCAAGCGAUACUUGUACUGGAUCGAUAACGGCCAGUUCCCAGUCAUCGGAAAGGCUCUGCUUGACGGAACCCAGUGGACUCCGUUGGUGACAUCCGGAAUCAGCAGCCCAAAGGAUUUGACGGUCGAUAUGCAAACUCACGACGUCUACUGGGUGGAUUCGAGAGAGGAUGCGAUCCAGAGGAUUUCGUACACCGGUGGAAAUCGGCAACUGAUCCGCCGUAAUUUGCCCAACCCGAUGGGUAUCGCCUUGCUGAAAAAUACCGUCUACUGGGUCGAUCGCAAUUUAGGUUGCAUCUUCCGGGCGUCCAAGCAGCCUGGAAAUACGACCUUACCCGAAAAGGUGAAAACGGGAUUGGAUAACCUUCGCGACGUUGCCAUUUUCGACAUCUCCAAUCAGCCGCAAGGUGAAACGCCCUGCACAAAGACGCCGGAAACAGGCGGAUGCGAGCAGCUUUGCUUCGCCUACCCUACGGAUUCGGUUUCGCCUUCGCCUUCUCCGUUUGGCUUCCAGUGUAAAUGCGCCACUGGAACACUGCAAGAGGACGGCCGCACCUGCGGAACUCCUAAAGAAUACCUGGUCUUCGCAACUCGUACGGAAAUCCGAUCCGUGUCGUUGGAUCCGAAAGCUUUGAGCUCCCCGUUUGCACCGCUCGUCAAUCUGUCCAACGUUGUCGGAUUGGAUUUCGACUUUGCUGAUCGUCGAUUGAUGUACACGCAAAUCAGGCCGGAUGCCCGGAUCGCUUGGUUCAAUUCCGACUCACCCAAUUCCUCCAACGCCACGUUAAUUAAAUCGGGACCCAUCAAUCCGGAAGGCAUCGCGUAUGACUGGACACGCAAAAAGAUUUACUGGACCGAUUCGGCCAAUAGCAGCAUUUACGCUAUGAACCUGGACGGAACGCAAGUGGUUAAUAUUGCUAGGGUCGACCGUCCCCGGGCCAUUGUUCUCCAUCCGUGCAGAGGUUACAUGUUUUUCACAGACUGGGGAAGGUUUGGACCGAACGGCAAGAUUUUCCGCGCUACCAUGGCCGGCACUUUGAAAGAAGCCAUCGUUAGCCAAGACUUGACCCAACCGAGCGGCCUGGCCAUCGACUAUGAUGACGACAUGCUCUAUUGGACAGAUGCAGUUCGCGAAAAGAUUGAACGUUCCAACCUGGACGGCACGAAUCGCGAAGUUCUCAUUACAGCCACCAUUUACCCGUUCGCCAUUACCGUGUUUGGCAAUUUCAUCUACUGGACAGACUUGCAACUACGUGGACUCUAUAGAGCUGAAAAACAUACGGGCGCUGAUAUGAUUGAACUCGUCCGCCGGCUGGACGAUUCGCCACGCGAUCUACAGGUGUUCUCUCCGGAUCGCCAACGUUGCCAAUUCAACCCUUGCACGUUUAAUAAUGGGGGAUGUGCCCAGUCUUGCCAUCCAUCAACAAACGGAACGUCCGAAUGCAAGUGUGACGAAUCGACCAAACUGGUCAACGACAACCGGAUGUGCGUCGGCCGGAAUUUGACUUGCGAGGGCAACAAAUUCUACUGCGCCAACGGCAAGUGCAUUUCUCGCCUGUGGGCGUGUGACGGUGACGAUGACUGUGGCGAUAAUUCCGACGAAGACAAGGGCUACUGUUCGUUCCACACUUGCGGCCCGAUCGAGUACCGUUGCGGCAAUGGGCGUUGCAUCUUUAAAUCGUGGAAGUGCGAUCACGAGAACGAUUGUGGCGACAACACGGACGAGGAGGGAUGCACCUACGCCAGCUGCGCCGAAGGCGAAUUCACCUGCGCCAACCAACGAUGCAUCUCCAUGACUCAGGUGUGCAACGGAAUCAACGAUUGCAAAGACGCUAAUACGACGGACGAAGCCAGCGAGCGUUGCUCACGGAAUACCACCUGCCCAUCGAAGCAUUUCAAAUGCAACACGACCAACAUUUGCGUGGAACCGUUCUGGCUGUGUGACGGCGAUAAUGACUGCGGCGACAAUUCCGAUGAGGACGAAUCGGCGUGUUCGCAACGCUCUUGUCCCAGCAACAGUUUCCGCUGCCCCAACAACAACCGCUGCAUUCCGGCCACGUGGUAUUGCGAUGGAGACGAUGACUGCGGCAACGGAGCCGACGAGCCGCCAGAUUAUUGCAAAUCGGGCACCAAGACUUGUUUCGGCGACUUGUUUACGUGCGACAACGGCAAUUGCAUCCCGCGCAUUUACAUCUGCGACGGAGACAACGACUGCCUGGACAAUUCGGAUGAAGAUAAUCGACACCAGUGUGGCAGCCGCAAAUGCGACUCUGAAACGGAAUUCUCUUGCAGUGCCAAUAAACAAUGGGGCAAAGCUCAGUGUAUUCCACGUAAAUGGGUUUGCGAUGGCGAUCCGGAUUGCGUCGACGGAGCUGAUGAAAACUCGACUUCGCUCAACUGCACUACCCGCAACAGCUGCUCUGGUGAGCAAUUCACUUGCGGUAACGGCCGUUGCAUCCAUAGAAACUGGACUUGCGAUCACGACAAUGAUUGCGGCGAUGGAUCGGAUGAGGGACCCGAAUGUAAUGGCAAAUACCGCACCUGUUCUCCGACGGAAUUUGCUUGUCAAAACGCCAAAUGCGUGGCCAAAUCCUACCACUGCGACAAGGAGAAUGAUUGCGGUGACUGGUCGGACGAAUGGAAUUGUACCUACACCGGAGGAAAGGGUGGCAGUGCUCCUGCGACGUCCUGCCCUGACGGCCAAUACAAAUGCGCCAACAGCAGUCAAUGCAUAGACGAGAACCUGGUCUGCAAUAAAGUGUCCGAUUGCCCUGACGGCAGCGAUGAGUCCCUUCAUUGUGGCAUUAACGAAUGUCUUAAGGUGGAAGUGCAUCAGUGUGGCCAGUUGUGUAUCGACACACCCAUCAAGUACAAAUGCGCUUGCAAUCCAGGCUACCGGCUCAUGGCUGACGGAAAAGCUUGUACGGAUGUGGACGAAUGUGUAGACUCGCCCGGAGUUUGUUCUCAGUACUGCGUCAACUCUCCUGGCUCCUACUAUUGCAAAUGUAACGAGACCUACUACGAACGCGAGGCGGACGAACACACUUGCAAGAGGAAAGAUUCAGUUACGCCCUGGUUGGUUUUCACCAACAAGUACUACGUCCGCAACAUGUCGAUCGAUGCUAAACAGUACGCCGUCGUUCAUCAAGACUUGCGCAACGUAGUCGCCGUUGAUUUCGAUUUCCGCGAAGAUCGACUUUAUUUUGCCGACGUCAAUGCUAAGACAAUUUACCGUGCCUUUGUCAACGGAACGAGCACCAAAGAAACAGUCAUCAAACACGAUUCCAUGGGAUUGGAAGGUCUGGCUGUCGACUGGGUCGGUCGUAAACUAUACUGGCUGGAUCGUCAUUCGAAACAUGUUGAGGUAUCUGAACUGGAUGGCACGCACAGGAAAACGCUGAAGGCUGAUGGCAUUUCGGAUCCGAGGGCUAUUGUUGUCCACCCAGGAGUUGGAUACCUGUUUUUCACGACGUGGCAUUUGCAAGCUUACAUUGGCCGGCUGGGCAUGGACGGAAGCAAUUUCACUCGCAUCGUCACCUACGAGCAGCGACUUGCAUGGCCAAAUGCUCUUACGAUCGACUACAUGACGGACAAGCUCUUCUGGGCGGAUGCCCAUUUGGAUUACAUUGCCUACUCCGACUUGGAUGGCCGGAAUCGACGCUACGUUGUCCAAGAUGUGCUGAAAGUUCCACACGUUUUUGCAAUCACCGUUUUCGAUGAUUUCAUUUUCUGGACCGAUUGGAACUUGAAGGCUGUCAGCCGUGCCAAUAAAUGGACGGGAGAGAAUUACAUGGUAUUGCGCAACACGACACACAGACCCUACGAUCUCCACGUGUACCAUCCGCUCAGACAAGCAUCUUACCCCAACCCGUGCGGUAAAAAUAAUGGAGGUUGUUCCGGCUUGUGUCUUUUGUCACCUUCCAAAAAUGGAACUGUCGGUUUUAAAUGCGUCUGUCCUAACCAAUUCAUUUUGGCUCCGGACGGAAAGACUUGUAUCGCUAAUUGCACUGCAGGACAACAUCGAUGCGGAGGUAAAGAUAAUCGUUGUAUUCCGCUGUACUGGAAGUGCGACGGAGAAAAGGAUUGCCAGGAUGGAACAGAUGAACCAAGUUCGUGUUUGGAGCGCUUCUGUAAAUCCGGCCAGUUCCAGUGUAGAAACAACAACUGCACAACGGCCACCACGCUCUGCGACGGAGUGGACGAUUGCGGCGAUGGAUCCGAUGAGAAGGACUGCGACAUUCCAUGCCCUGAGAACGAAUUCAAAUGCAAUUCGACAGGUCGUUGUAUUCUGGGAACGUGGAAAUGCGAUGGUGAUAACGACUGCCGUGACGGUUCUGAUGAAGAUCCGGCCAUUUGUCACUCACGUCCUUGCGACACGGACACGGAGUUUGCCUGCAAAAAUGGAAGGUGUAUCCAGAAAUCAUGGUAUUGCGAUUCGGAUAACGAUUGCGGUGACGGAUCCGACGAGCCGGCUCACAUAUGCCGACAGAGAAACUGCACAGCUGGAUGGAGACGCUGUCCUCAAUGGGGCAAUUACCGCUGUAUUCCGCAAUGGCUCUUCUGCGACGGCAAAGACGAUUGCCGUGAUGGCUCUGAUGAGUUGCCUGAACAAUGCCCGAAAUGCCACGAAACGGCCGAAUUCCAGUGCAAAAACAAGCGCUGCAUUCCGCGCCGCUGGACCUGUGAUUUUGAAAACGAUUGCGCUGACGGUGAUGAUGAAGACGAUGAACUUUGCCGCCACCAGUACCGUGAAUGUUCCGCCUCGGAAUUCCGCUGCGCUUCGGAUGGAAAAUGCGUUCCGGGCCGUUACCGUUGCGAUCACGACAGCGACUGUACUGAUGGAUCGGAUGAGAUCGGAUGCGAAGGUUUCGCUUGCACAAAUGGAACAUUCCAGUGCAAGAGUGGUCAUUGCAUCUCUCAACAAUUCCGCUGCGAUGGAGAACGGGACUGCCACUUGGAUGCCUCCGACGAAGCGGACUGUCCACCUCGUUUUCCAGAUGGAAAAUACUGUCCACCCGAACGUUUCGAAUGCGACAAUCACGUGUGUGUUAAUGUCGAGAAUCGCUGCAACGGCGUCAACGAUUGCGGUGACAAUUCGGACGAGAAACCGGAAGAAUGCUCUGAUAAAUGCGGCGGUCGCGAUCGGUUCCAGUGCGACAACCGUCGGUGCAUUUUGCGUUGGCAGAUUUGCGACGGCCACAACGACUGCGAGGACGGCUCGGACGAAAAUAACGUGACGCUCUGCGCCAAGCGACCCAAGCCUUGCAAUCCCAACGAGCAAUUCACCUGCUCCAACCGCAACUGCGUGCCAAAAGAAUUGGUUUGCAACUUGCAGAACGAUUGUGAAGACGAGUCGGACGAAAGGGGCUGUCAUUCGGCCAGCUCUUGCACGGAAACCAGCAAUGGCGGAUGUGAACACCGUUGCCAGAAUUUGACGGGCGGUGGCUACAUCUGUUCGUGCAAUCGUGGUUAUAUCGCCUCGAAAGAGAAUCCAAAGAUUUGUGAGGAUGUCGAUGAAUGCGUCACGCUGCGUCACAACUGUUCGCAGAUUUGCAUCAAUCUUAAAGGGUCUCACAAAUGCGGAUGUCACUCUGGAUUCGAUUCGGUGGAUAACGUUUCGGGAGUUUGCAAGUCGCCAGGUCCCUGGAACCUGCUUUUCUCGGACGGAAGUAACGUCAUUUCGCUGAACACGACACUGCGCAAGGAGCGUGAAGUGAUUUUUGGCGAGAAGCGAAUCCAGUCGCUGGAUUUCGAUCCUCAUUCGCACAUCGUCUUCUGGACGGACCCGAUGGAUCUGUCCAUCAAGCGCUCGUUCAUUCCCGAGAGCAGCAAUCAAGUGGAAAUUGGCCAUCCGCAAAUCAUCGUCUCCUUCACCAAAUCGGCCGUGCCAGUUGAUCUGUCGGUCGAUUGGGUAGCUCAGAACCUCUACUGGCUGGAGGUGGACGGGCAGACUUCCAAGGGUCAAGUCGUCACGGCCAAAAAUGACGGCCGCUAUCGACGCAGCGUCGUUCCUCGCGGCAUCGACACGCCCACCUCCAUCGUUGUCAAUCCCAUUUUAGGCGAACUUUACUGGACCCAAGCCGGAUCUAAUCCGCGUAUCGAAACAGUCUGGAUGGAUGGUACGAAACGUAAAGUUUUGGUGUCUGAAAGACUGGCUCAUCCGACAGCCAUCACCAUCGACUUCGCCAUGGACAACACUAUAUUCUGGGCCGACCACACACUCAGCACGAUCGAGAUGAUGAAGCGAGACGGCACGGGCCGAACAACGGUUUUGCGAGGCGAUAACAUUGAUCGCCCAUCUUCGCUGGACGUUUUCGAGAGCACCCUCUACUGGAUUUCCACCGGUAAAGGAGAACUCCGACGACAGGAUAAAUUUGGACGUGGCGUUAUGGUCCGGCUCGUUAAAGACAUCGCCACGCCCAGUACCGUCAAAGUGUUCAGUGAAUAUCGAUACAACACGACGGUCAACAAUCCGUGCCUUAACAGCCCGUGCACUCACCUGUGCGUCCUCAUUCCGGGCGGAUAUCGUUGCGCUUGUCCCGACAGCACAAUCCAAGUUCAAACUGGAGGCGAAAUAUCGUGCGACACCACGCAAGAAAGGCCUCGCCCGUCUCCGUUGCGUUGCCCGUGCCAGAACCGCGGCAUCUGCAUCGGUGACGGCCAAGUCCAGUGCCAGUGUCCCAACGAUUACGAAGGUGUACACUGCGAAACCCAUCUGUUGCGCCGACCUACGCCCUCUGAAAGCGUCGCUCCAGCUUACAUCAUUGUCCCCAUUCUGCUCAUCAUCCUCGCUGGAUUGGCAGGAGCCGCUGUCUACAUCUUCUUCUUCCGCCGUGCAGGCCGUGCUAAGGGUUCUGGAUUCACGGGUUUCGGAGCUAGUCCCAGCGUCUCGUUCCGACAGGGCACAAACGUCGAAUUUGGACCAGCCACCUUUUCUGGAAACGGCUCUUCCGCCUCCACCAUGGAGCCCGUGGAUUCUGAAUUCAACGGUCGUGAUGCGUCCACCAAAUCCCGCGAUUUCUCCAAUCCGAUGUACGAUGCCGUGGGCGGACCUGUUGAUGCACCCAAGGGUGGCAUUUAUGAAGUCCCAGCAGAAAUGAUCAAGGGUAUGCCGUUGUCUUCGGAUCCCGUACCGGGCUCGGCCGUAAUAUCGCCGUCCAGCAUUGUUCAUCAAGCAUCUCCGCAAAUUCACAUCCGUCAUCGGGAAUUAGAUCCAAGCAACGUGGAUACGGGCAAGGAUACCCAAAAAUUAGUCGAGGAUACUUCCGACUGUUAAAGUAAAAAAAAAGAAGAAAAAAAAAAAAAAAAAGAAAAAAGAGAUUCCUGGACUGAUUAUACGCACGAUUACUGCGUCUGUCUGAGUGACAUCGAGUGAUAAGAUUCAAACACACAAGUUUUAUAUUAAGGAGAAAGAGACAACGGAUUUUUAUGGCAAUACAAUGCCGACAGUUUUUGUUAAACAUGCAGACAGACCCGUUCAAGUCCGUUCUUGCUCCCAGCAAGAUCAUUUUUAAUCGAAAUUUUUUUCUGAAUUAAUUAAUGUCAUUAAUUGAUUCUUCCUUGUUGUUGAUUUAUAAUUUUUCUUCAUUUUCUUUUUUCUUUUAUCGUCAGGACACAUCCUCCUCCCCUCCCUCCUCAAUGCUUCUGAAGUAUCUCCAUCAUGUUCUUACUAUUCUUCCUAUUUUAAGUUUACCCUUACUAUUACUUAAAAUUCCUGUGCCGUCCAAUUGUAUUCCUCUUAUUCACAUUCUCCGGGGUUCUUCUAUUUAUUUUAUUUUUAUUUUUUUUUAAAUUUUUGUUCUGUCCCGAUGGCACUGGAACAAAACAAACAUCACAACGCAAAAGCGUGAAGCACAAUUUUUUUAAAAAGUAAAACACAAGUCUUAGAUAAUUUUGACGACCGUAUUAAAAAAAAAGAAAUGUGUACAGGAUUUGUUUUGUUUUUAUCAUUAUUAUUAUCAUUUUUUUUUUGUAACAAUUUACAAUCAGAUUGAGCCUUUUUCUUCUGAACAACAGUAAUAUUCAAUUUCUUUAUCGACCAAAAGUGUUGGAGGGAAGCAAAGCCAAGUACAUAAUGGAAAAUUGGACUGAAAAAAGGACGGGGCCAAAUGAAAAAAAAAAAAAAAAAAAUGGUUGUUGUGAAAGGAAAAACGUUUAAUGCCUUGUAGAUUUACUCCUUUUUCUUCUUCUUUUCUUAUUAUUGAUGUAUUGUUCUUAUGCAAAUGAGAAUCAUGUUAAAACAAACAAAAAAUCAUAAAAAAAAAAUUAAAUGGAGAGGAAAAUCAUAAUCAAGCUUAGCCGUCGGCUGCCUUAAAAAAGACGUACACAAAGCACGCAAACACACCUUGGGAAUGAAUGAUUGCAUUUUAAAAACAACUUCCUGUGUGUGGGUGUUGUGUCAUAAUAAUAAUAAUCGAAUAUUUAAUCCUUUUCCCUCCUUUAUCAGCACACGAUGAAAUGGCCCCAACAUUUGUUUUUGUAUUCCCUAAUUUUUUUUUGUUUGUUUGUUAAAGCAAUCCUUUCAGUUUUCUUGACUGAAAUUCAUUCCUCUAUUCCUCCCCCCCUACCUACAUCGGGUCUGUCUCUUUUUUUUUUUAUUGGUCCCUCCGAAUCCCAACCCUCUAUCCCUCCCUAUUGACCGAGCAUGUUGAACUGCUAUCAGAUAUGUUUCUAUCCUAACUCUAUAUUGCAAUAAACGGAUCAAAGUUCUAA